AAGACUGAUCCUCUUUGCAUUUUAAACACUUUGGAGAUAUUAAAUCAUGUUCCCACUUAUGCUUUUUUCCACCCUUUUUUCUUCCAUAUUUACUGAACCUGGGGAGAAACACUGGAUCUGCAAUUCUUCUGAUGCAAGUAUUUGGUAUUCCUACUGUGAUAAUAUGAAGUACCCUAUUUCGAUUAACAUUCAUCCCUGUUUAACACUGAAGGGACAUCGUGGAUAUUUACAUAUUUUCUACAUUGCAAGAGGAGACCUAAAAAAUUUAUAUUUCAAUCUCAAGUUAUCUUUUAACUCCAUGAAUUUUCUAGAGCGCACACAAGUUAUUUGCAAAGGAGCUGAUGGUGAUUAUUCAUUUUGCAGAGCUCUAAAGGGAGAGACUGUGAAUACAACAAUAUCCUACUCCUUCAAGAGACUACUAUUUUCUAAGGGGCAAUAUAGACUUAUUGUAGAAGCCAUCACUGGAAGUACUGGAGAAAUGCUCUUUUGUUUGAAUUUUAUUAUUAUCCAUCACCCUAACUCCAACUAA